AUGUACAGCAAAAAGUCAUGGGGCGGUCCGGUCGAUCCAUUCAUCCUCGUCAAGUUCCUGAAUAAUACCCUGCCCGAAGGCGACGACCCGACAGUCAGUCUCGUGAUCUUCGAAUGGAAAGAUAGCAGUUUUGUCGGAGUGCCCGGUGAAAAUGGGGAAAAUGAGCUUCUCCCCUGCAACCAAGCCUACAUUGACAGUGGCGCCUGCAAUUCAACCGACCUUGGCGAGUUUAUACUGGCACAAAAUGCCACCGAGAAAUCGAACGCAUUCAUCCUCUCCAAGGCUGUCCACCUCAAGUCCAGCGGUCCCAUUAAGUACAGCAUCAAAGAGACUGGUUACUAUUGCCUCGUCACCCAGGGCUUCAACACGGACGAAUAUUCAGCAGUCGCCGAGUUUCGCAAUGCAUUUGGAGAGAUUUCGGCCACGCAGAUACCUAAACUCCCAUUCUACGGUGGUAUGAGUAUCCUCUACGCACUCAUGGCAGUGUACUGGGGUUUCCUGUACUAUCAGCAUCGCCACGAUAUUCUUGCUGUGCAGAAUUACAUCACUGCCAUCCUGGUGUUUUUGGUUUUUGAAAUGCUCAUGACUUGGGGCUUCUAUGGUAUGAAUCCGUCCGUCGCCCUGUUCUCGCAACCCAAGCUGACUGUUAUAGACUUCCAAAACACGCAUGGUUCCAAUGCUGGUGCCAAGGCUUUCCUCAUUGUUGUCGCCGUUCUCAAUGCCGCCAGAAACUCAUUCUCUUUCUUCCUGUUGCUCAUCGUCUGCAUGGGAUACGGUGUGGUAAAGCCUACCCUUGGCCGCACCAUGAUUUAUGUCCGCUAUCUUGCGGCCGCUCAUUUUGUAUUUGGUCUCAUUUUCGCCACUACCAGCCUGCUCUCCUCCCCUGAGAGUGUCGGCCCCUUUGUGCUACUCAUUGUUCUCCCUCUCGCAGGCACACUUACCGCCUUCUACGUGUGGACGCUUAACUCGCUCAAUCUCACGCUUAAGGAUCUCCGCGAACGCAAGCAGCACGCCAAGGAGGCCAUGUAUAAGAAGCUGUGGUGGUGCAUCCUCAUCACCGUCGUUGUCACGUUCGGCUUUUUCUUCCUCAACAGCUUCACUUUUGCCUCCAUACACGACGCUGAUUUUGUGCCGUCCCACUGGAAGACGCGCUGGUUUGUCCUGGACGGCUGGCUCAACAUUGUCUACCUCGCCGACGUCGCAUGGGUCGCCUACGUCUGGCGCCCCACCGCCAACAACCGCCGCUUCGCCAUGAGCGACGAGAUUGCCCAGGAUGACGACGGCAACUUUGAAUUUGGGGAGAUUGGCAUGCCUGGAGACUCGGAUGAUGAGGAUGAGGAGGCGCACAUUGGCUCUACAAAGCCCACAGGUGCCGGCAGUAGUGGCGCGCCCGGCCAAACGAGCAGCGUCGCGUCCACCGCCGCGACCGCCGCCUCAGUCCAAAAACCGGUGCGUAGCGUACCGCGUGAUUCGAUGGACGGCGAAACCAUUUUCGCGGUCGGCGAGGAUGGCGACAAGUUCUCCGAUGACGAAAGCGACGAGGAUGUCAAGCUUGUAAAAACAAAAUAA